CUGGGCCAGGAUUCUCAAGAUUCGUGAUUGGCUCCCACGGGCGGGACCUUUGUCCAUCUGCGGGAUUGCAGGAGGCCCAGGUGAAGACACCAAGACUCAAAGAGGCCAAGCCACUCGCCGGGGGUCACACAGCCAAAAGAGGCAGAGCCAGAACUCACCCAGAUCUGGAGACGACAGGAAAAUGGCCACCUGGGAUGAAAAGGCAGUCACCCGCAGGGCCAAGGUGGCUCCCGCCGAGAGGAUGAGCAAGUUCUUGAAGCACUUCACCGUCGUUGGGGAUGACUACCACGCGUGGAACAUCAACUACAAGAAGUGGGAGAAUGAAGAGGAGGAGGAGGAGGAGCAGCCACCGCCCACACCGGCCUCGGGCGAGGAGGGCAGAGCUGCUGAUCCUACCACAGCGCCUGCCCCCGUGCCCAGGCCCCGCCUCGACUUCAGGACCACUUUGAGGAAGCUCUUCAGCGCCCACAGGUUUCAGGUUAUCAUCAUCUGCCUGGUCGUUCUGGAUGCCCUCCUGGUGCUCGCCGAGCUCGUUCUGGACCUGAAGAUCAUCCAGCCUGACAAGAACAACUAUGCCGCCAGGGUGUUCCACUACAUGAGCAUUGCCAUCUUGACCUUUUUUAUGAUGGAGAUUUUCUUUAAAAUAUUUGUCUUCCGCUUGGAGUUCUUUCACCACAAGUUUGAAAUCCUGGACGCCAUCGUCGUGGUGGUUUCCUUCGUCCUCGACGUUGUCCUCCUUUUCCGGGAGCAUGAGUUUGAGGCUCUAGGGCUGCUGAUUCUGCUCCGCCUGUGGCGGGUGGCCCGGAUCAUCAAUGGGAUAAUUAUCUCGGUUAAGACACGUUCUGAACGGCAACUACUAAGGUUAAAACAGAUAAAUAUACAACUGGCCACCAAGAUCCAGCACCUUGAAUUCAGCUGCUCUGAGAAGGAACAAGAAAUUGAAAGACUUAACAAGCUACUGAGACAGCAUGGACUUCUUGGUGAGGGGAACUAGAGGCAUACCUGCCCCACCCCAGAGGGAAGACCUACCUCACGGGCUUGUGACGAGGAAGACAGCCGCCCCUCCUGGGGCCAUGUUGGGGAGAGGUUUGCUUUGAUGGCUUUGCCUCACUGCCGCCAGCUCGGAUUCUGGGGGACACAGUCUUUCAGAGGCUCUAUUUCUUCCUUGGUGUGACUGAGAACGUCCCAUCCCAUUCCCACCCCACACUGUGUAACAAAUGUAUCAUAAACUAUAUUUUUCUCAUGCUGAACACUUUACUCUUGCUUGAAAAUGAACAAGCUGGACAAUUACUAGCUGUAUAUAAAACUUAAUCUCAUCAAAUGUACAGUUUUCACAUUUCACAUGUAUAUUAAGGAACCAGUGCAUCCUUUCAUAUGACCACUCUGAAAGACAAAAGAGAAAAAAGAGAGCUACCUUAGCUAUCAGCACAUUCUAGAAAAGUCUUUUCUGUUUCCAAGCUGUUCUAAACAGCUAAUCACAAUUUCCCCCAAGGAGCUUGUUCUCAAGUACCGGCCCCGCCCUCUGCAUCCUCCAGCGUGUAGCCGGCUCCACCUAGUUCUGCCCCCUGACAACAUUUUUCUCAGUUACUGUACAAUUAAUGUAUAAAAUAAACUCUCUCCUUCCCGCGGGCCCUCCUACUGUAUUCUUUCUAGGUUCAACUGCUGGGAAUCACUCUGUGACAUCCUAUACCGGCCCACUAGCUGGAGAGCAAGCUAGCUCCAGUGCCUGGUACAAAAGUAGCAGUUAGACCCAAGACUCCACUGUAAUUAACAUGACAUUUGGGGGAAGAUCCCCUCCUGAGACCUUGUACUCUACUUGCAUGAUUUUAUACAACUUGCUAUUUUUGUACUCAUUUUAACGGGACCUGAAAAGAAAGCCUGAACUAAAAAUAAUAUUUUAAAAAAUAACUCACAUUAAAGCAGGGGAUGAAUAAACUGGAUAAACCCUCAACACCUGCACUACUUCAAGGUCUGUUCUCUUUACGUUCUUCCCAAAGGUGCAACUUGGCUUCCGCAUAUGACCUAUGUGUUGAAAGUACUGGAAAUGGCCAAGCCAGACCCCUUCUAAAGGCAGAGCAAGUAGAAUGAAAUUCCCAAAGGGAGAAAAGAGAGGAGGGAAGUGAGUGGAGAGGGAAGUGUGUUGGCUUGGGGGCAACCUCAAGGGUUAUACGUAUAAUAAAGUGGGAUGUCUCCGAGGGACCCUGGGCCCCACACGCGCUUGAUUAGACAGGUGUGGUGUAGUUUCCCUAUUUAAUGACUUACGUCAAACAAAUGGGAAGAAGAAGUUAAAGGGCAGCCUAGCAUUGAUGGUUGGCCGAGCUCUGAAGCCUGCCUCCGCAGGUGCAGACACAUCCACAAAAGUAACCGCAGUGGAAAUAAGAAUUGUCCUUUUAUUUCCUGAGUUGGUCUGUAAUAAAAAAAAAUCAGAGUGAUGCAAGCCCUGCCCUCCAGUGUGUUCACCAGGAUAACAAAGAUGGGACAGCUUUCAUUUCCUUCCUCACCCGACCACUGUUGGUUCAUGAAUCUGGUAGGUACGUGGAGGGCUAAUCAGCCAUUAACUCAGAGGAGAGAUACAAUUUUCACUCAGGUUGUCCUAACACAUCGAUGCCAUUCACAACUCAAGACAAGAGUUUUAAAGAUUAAAUCUAAACAAGAAUGUUAAUGUGAAUAAA